CCGUCUGUCCAUCUCUCAAAAGGAAAGGCCGAGGCACACAAAUCCAAUGGAACUUAACAAUUUCUUCUUCUAAUAUUCAUUUUCAGACAAUAUCUAUCUACACUUGAAGAACAAACAAAAUAAUAUAUAAACUCCGCAAAAUUCCCAAUUUUCGAACUUUCGAAUAAUUGAAUCAUUCUCGGUUGCCCACAUUUCCGGUCAGCUUCUCAGUAAUUUUCUCCGAUCCGGAUUUGCCGAUAUGCAUUGCCAAUUCAUUUCAUGGAUUUGAUGUGAAUUUGCUUAGUGCUGACAGGGUGCAGAACUUAACUGGGCAGAUAUCCUUCUGGAAAAUUUUUGGACUUUGGUUGAUGGGUGCUCCUAAGCAGAAGUGGACUGCAGAAGAAGAAGCAGCCCUUAAAGCUGGAGUACUUAAACACGGGGCAGGCAAAUGGCGCACAAUACUCACAGAUCCAGAGUUCAAUUCUAUCUUGCAUCUGCGUUCAAAUGUUGAUCUCAAGGACAAGUGGAGAAAUAUAAACGUGACCGCAAUAUGGGGGUCUAGACAGAAGGCUAAGCUUGCACUUAAAAGGAACCUACCAAAUCCCAAACAUGAUAAUAACCCUUUGGCCGUGAGCACUGUGAUUCAAAGUCAUGAAGAAAUUGUUGAUGCUAAGCCUCUUGCCAUUUCUGGUGGAAAAUUGCAGACUACUGAAUCAAAACAACCAAUUGCCAGGUUGGAUCACCUUAUAUUAGAGGCUAUUACAAAUCUGAAGGAGCUAGGGGGUUCUGACAGAGCUGCCAUUGCUAUGUACAUAGAGGAGCAAUAUUGGGCGCCUCCAAACCUUAAAAAGCUACUCUCAUCAAAAUUAAAGCAUAUGGUCGCCAACGGAAAACUGAUUAAGGUAAAGCAUAGAUACAGAAUUGCACCAAGUUCAGCUUCUUCUGAAAAAAGAAGAAGCUCUUCAAUGUUGCUCUUGGAGGGAAAGCAGAAGGAUUCUUCAAGAGCGGAUAAGAGCAAUGUCAACAUUCUUACUAAAUCUCAAGUGGAUGCAGAUCUAAGCAAGAUGAGAAGCAUGACUGCACAAGAGGCUGCUGCUGCUGCUGCCCAGGCAGUUGCAGAAGCAGAAGCUGCCAUUGCAGCAGCUGAAGAAGCAGCAAGGGAGGCAGAGGCGGCAGAAGCUGAAGCAGAAGCAGCACAAGUUUUUGCCAAAGCAGCAAUGAAAGCAUUGAAAUGUAGAAGACUUGACCUUGACAUGAAACUCGCACAUGGGUAACUCCUUUUUGAGCAAGAACUGUGAAUGGAACAACGAUAUGCUGGUGCAGCAAUGGCUUCAUGUGUCAGUUAGUGUAAAUAGGUUGUGUUUGUAAAUCUGGGACACGAGAGCUCCAUCUGUGAAUUUCCUUUUUUAACAUUUCCAGGUAUCAUUUUGUACGGAGCUUAUUAGGUGUUCUGAUAUUCAGAAUUAAACAAUGAGGUAAAUGAGUAAAAACUGAAGGAAAGAGAGAUUUUGCAUGCCAAGGUAGAUAAAAGUACGCUUUGCAA